UUUUUCGGGCGUGUACACACACACAAUAAUUAAAGAGCUGCAUCAUCGUUACUUGUGUACGUGUAAAAUAGACGAAUAUAAUAUAAUGUAUACAAGAGGGGCACGACGUUCUGAGCGUAAAAACACGGAAAACAACCGUGUGUGCGUGUGUGUAUACGCGAUCGAACGACUUUUAUCUUUUUCUCUCUCUCUCUUCGCUCGCGCGAACUCCCUAUAUAUAAGCUCACCUCCAGUCGGCCCCUAGAACCAGUUCGUCUCGAGUUGCGCAUACAGACAGACGCCGCCCGGUGCUUAUAUACUUCGCAAAAGUUUGUAUUGUAGACGAGUGCAGUUGCAUCAUAUAUAUAUCAGAGACGCAAACACACACGCGAGAUCGUAAAAUAUGGCUGCGAGGAACGAAAAAAUUGGCAUCGUCGGCAGUGGUCUGAUCGGCCGCAGCUGGGCCAUGCUGUUCGCCGGCGUCGGCUACCAGGUGACGAUCUACGACAUCGUCCAGCAGCAGAUCGACAAUGCCCUGGCCGACAUCAAGCAGCAGCUGCAGCGGCUCGAGGCCGGCGGCCUGCUCCGAGGCAAGCUCAACGCCGAGCAGCAGUAUCAGCUCAUUCAGGGCAGCUCGAACCUCGCUGAAAUGGCCAAAGGCGCCAAGCUCAUCCAAGAGUGCAUCCCAGAGAGGAUAGAGAUGAAAACGAAGCUGUUCGAGGAAUUGGACAAAAUCGUCGACGAUCAAGUGAUUUUGUCGUCGUCCACGUCGACCUUCAAGCCGUCGCUGUUCAGUGAAAAAUUGAAGCAUCGCGAUCAGGUCAUCGUGUCGCAUCCCGUAAACCCACCCUACUACGUGCCCCUCGUCGAGAUCGUCCCAGCCCCGUGGACUCGUGCCGACAUCCCCGCCAAGACCAAGGAGAUCAUGACGGAGAUCGGCCAGGCGCCCGUCGUCCUCAAUCGCGAGAUCGACGGCUUCGCCCUCAACAGAAUCCAGUACGCCAUCCUCAACGAGGCCUGGCGCCUCGUCUCGGACGGCGUGCUCGACGUCAAGGACAUCGACACGGUGAUGAGCGAGGGACUGGGCAUGCGCUACGCCUUCCUCGGGCCCUUCGAGACGGCCCACCUCAACGCCGAGGGCAUGAAGAAGUACUGCGAGUCCUACAGCAACAGCAUCUACAACACCAGCAUGACCUUCGGGCCGACGCCCCGCUUCGAGGGCCCCGCAGCCGAGGAGAUCAGCAAUCAGCUGAACGGCAUCUGCCCGCUCGACAAGCUGCAGGAGAGACGCGCCUGGCGCGAUCUCGCUCUCACGAAACUUUCCGUACUCAAGAAAGAGAUGAGCGGCGACAAGAAGUGAGAGGGACUCGUCGACUCGAUUUGGAGCUCGAAUGAAUGAUUUUCAUCGGUAAUCUAGAAAAAACCGAUGGCAAGUGUAAAUAUAUCUUUGUACAGUGAUGUUACUUUGAUUGUAAAUAUAAUAAUCAAAUAAAAUAAAAUUUUUUCUGACGUCUAUAAA